UGUGCUUAUGAAGAAAACUCAAAAUGGGGUGAAGAGGUAGGUUUUAUGUAUUAUUCUCUUGUAGAAGAUUACUUCACUGGAUUCAAAAGAAUACACUGCAAUGGAUGGAAAUCAGUGUAUCUUGACCCACCAAGGCCACAAUUUCUGGGCACUUCUACCACCAAUUUAAACGACUUGCUUAUUCAAGGCACCAGAUGGUGCUCAGGAUUGGCUCAAGUUCUUAUUUCCAAGUUUAAUCCACUGAUAUAUGGGCCGCCCAGGAUGUCUUUACUUGAGAGCAUGGGCCAUGCAGAACUUGCAUCUUUCCCCAUUUACUUUUUCCCUCUGUGGUGUCUUGCCACUAUUCCUCAACUUUGCCUCCUCAAUGGCAUCCCUUUGUACCCUGAGGUUUCGAAUCCAAAAUUUUAUAUAUUCUUAUUCAUUUUUCUGUCAGCACUGUCUAAACAUCUUUAUGAGGUUCUUAUAACUGGAGGAUCAAUCAGGAUAUGGAGAAAUGAACAAAGGAUAUGGAUGAUAAAAGGGGUUACGAAUUAUUUCUAUGGAACUUUAAACGCCAUAAUGUCAAAGCUUGGAUUAGCUGAAGCUAAAUUUGUGCCAACCAACAAAGCUGAUGAUGAUGAGCAAGCUAAGCUAUACCACAUGGGCAUAUUUGAUUUCCAGACUUCAACAAUGUUCCUUGCUCCACUGGUUAGUGUGACCAUUUUGAACAUUGUAGCUUUCUUUUGGGGAGUUGUUAGAGGGAUCAGCGCUGGAGAUUGGGAGAAGAUGUUUGCACAAGUUCUUCUCUCGUUUUAUAUUUUGAUUAUGGGCUACGCUGUCAUUGAAGGCAUAAUUGUGAGGAAAGACGCAGGCCGCAUUCCUCCAUCUGUCACAAGGUUAUCUGCUAUGUUUUGUGCCGUGUUCUUGUUUUUGGGAUCUAUUUUUCUGAUGUAUUGAGUGUUGUUUACACAAAUAAUGGGGUUCAAUUUUAUUGUAAUUUACAAUUGCAUUAAACCCUGCUGAUGGUUUGUUCUUGUUGAAUAUUAAGAUUGUUGUUUUCAGAAAUAAAGUGCCCUGUUUUUUUUCCGGGGUCUUUGCCUUA